UAGUGUAUGAGUGCAGUCUGCACUUCCACCUGAUUGGCCGAGCGGUUGCCAGGAGUGUUUACAAGAAAUAUGGCUUCCCUGGUUGUUGGAGAGCCACAAGAAAUGGAAGUAGACCGAAGAGGUGAGUCUGAGGAGUCUGGUGAUGAUGAGACCAGGAGGAAGGGUAUCAAUGGUGAUGUGGACCCCAAUCAGCCUACUGCUGCAAGUAAAGAAGAAUCACCUGUUGACAUGGACACCAUUACCUUGGACCCAGAAGAAGAGGAUGUUGAUCUUGUUCACUGUCGUAUUGGAAAAAUUGAAGGACUUGAGGUGCUGCAGAAGGCUAAGACGCUCUCCUUACGACAAAACCUCAUCAAAACCAUAGAAAACCUUCAGAGUUUGAGCUCCCUGCGGGAGCUAGAUCUCUAUGACAAUCAAAUCCGCAAGCUAGAGAACCUGAGCAACCUCAAAGAGUUAGAGCUGCUCGAUGUUUCCUUUAACGUUUUGAGGAAGGUGGAGAAUUUGGAGGAGCUGACUCAGCUGAAGAAACUGUUUCUGCUUCACAACAAAAUUGGCACCAUCUCCAAUGUGGACCACCUCUCAAGUCUUGAGAUGCUAGAGCUGGGCUCUAAUCGCAUCAGGGUCAUUGAGAACCUGGAUGGACUUUCAUCUUUGCAAAGUUUGUUUCUUGGCACCAAUAAAAUAACAAAGCUUCAAAACUUGGACAGUUUACACAACCUGUCUGUUUUAAGCAUUCAGAGUAAUCGGAUUACUAAGAUUGAGGGUCUGCAGAACCUUGUCAACCUGAAAGAGCUCUAUCUGAGCCACAAUGGGAUUGAGGUCAUAGAGGGCCUGGAAAACAACAAAAAACUCACCACACUGGACAUUGCUGCCAAUCGAGUGAAGAAAAUCGAGAACAUCAGCCACCUGACAGACCUGCAGGAGUUCUGGAUGAAUGAUAAUCAGAUAGACAACUGGUCAGAUCUGGACGAGCUGAAGAACGCCAAGUCUCUGGAGACGGUCUACCUAGAAAGAAACCCGCUACAGAAAGACCCUCAGUACCGGAGAAAGAUCAUGUUGGCUUUGCCCAGCGUGCGCCAGAUCGACGCUACUUUUAUCCGCUUCUGAAGCGCAGCGUACGACCCAUCCGCCCACCUUUUUGUGUUUCGCCUCGCCUCCUUCCCUCCCUCCCUGCCUGCCCUGCUUACAAAAACAGCUCCUGAUAACACUUUGGCCUCUCCAUGUCAUCUUCUCACCGUGUACACAUUCCAACACUCACCCCAUUCUUCACUCUCCAUACAUGAAUGCAUGUAUGCACUCAUUCAAACCUUCAUUUAUGCUGUUGUGUUGAUGCUUUUAUUUAUUAUGGUUGGAACUGUGAAAGUGAAAGUCUACCAUAUGCUCACAUCUGCUUAUUUUUCUCCUUUCUGCACUUGUUUUUGUUAUUGUUCUGCAUGUUGGAUACAAUUAGGGUUCCCAUCAGGGUAAAAGAAACAAGCCUUUUUUGUUGAACAAAUUCUUAAAGUUGUUCCAGUGUCAUAAAAAUUAUGUAAGGGUUUGAUGCUGCUCUUGUGAGUCACAAUAAGAACAAUUAAAGAUUAAUGCUGAAGGGAAAAUGUAAAAGGGAAAAAGUAGAAUCUAAAUUUGUUUGACUCCUGGAUUCUACUAUAUUUCUCAGAAAUGCCCUGGCCCCAGUUCUUCACAAAGAACACCUUAAUGGAAAAUAAAAAUCAACUCUAUGCUGAUUUACAGUAACUUAGAAGAGUGCUACCUGCAGAAUGACCAGUUUUUAGCAUAAAGGUUUCUUACUAAUGUGUCAUAAAAUAAAUGGAUGUCAAUUAACAUGUUUUUUUUUUGUUGUUGUCCAGCCGCUUCCUUUCCUUAAAACCUGAUAGCUGAUGACUCAUUUCUGUUGUAGGUAAACCCCUUUUGAGAAUGUGUCCAAAAACAUGGAUAAUCAGUGAUUUUACUAUUUUAUCUUUAACUCCUUCCUGAUUACAGUCGUCUCUUAUUAUCAACAAACUUAAAACCUGGUCUAUACUAAAUUAGAAUUUGUAGUCUUGGCUGGACUUCCUCAAAAUAUUUUUUGUUUUAUUGUAAGAUAAACUCUCUGUUUGGCAUAUAAUUUGAACAUGUUUCAGCUUUAACAAUGUAGGAUUGCUUACAAAUAUCAAGUUUAAAUUAGUUUUUUUUACCCUAUUAGAUUGCUUAAAUCAACCUGAGACUACCUGCAACAAAUUUUACGACCUGUUACCCCCUCAGGGAUGAGAUCACCUAGAUGUAUACGACAGAUUCAGCAGAUUCCACUGCACCAGUGUUCAUCUGUGUAAUUAGUCUGAUUUAAUAUUUGAUCUCACUCAGUUGGUGAUGAAAUUACAUGAAAUGUUGGUUUGUAUCAGAAAACCAUAAGCUCUUUCCAGUGUAAGAAUUAUUACCUGUUAUGUACCAUGAACCAUCAACCCAAUAAAUAGAAGCAUACAUUACUGACAUGAAUGUAAUUUUAUAUCCAGUGUAUUGAAAUUGGUCAAACAAUUAUUUAUGUAAAUACAGAUUAGAAUCUCACAAUGUAGAAAACCCAUAUACCAUCAUCACUUGCCCCUGUAAAGUGAUAUUUUACUGUUUUGUUUAUGGCUGGCAGCACAAUGGAUUCGUGUAAAAUACUGAAAAUAACCCCCCACACAUACACACCAAAAAAGCUGGUUGGUCACUAAAGGAACUUUUAUGAAAAUUGCUUUCAGCUCCUUGUUGAACUGAGUCCAUGUUUUGGACUCAGUUGAUGCUGUUUUCAAACUGAAUGUAUUAUGCAAAUAUUAAAGUGACACUACUUAUGAA